AUGAAAGACGCCAGAGAAGCUAAAACUUUAGAUAACGCCAUAAGUGAAAAAGAUGAAAUAAUAGCACUAACAAUGGACCUCCAAGCCAUAAAAUUGUGCCUAUAUGUACCACCGAACAAAAUGUACUUUAAAACUAAAUUGUCCUGUCAUAACUUCACAGUUUACAACCUAAAAACUCGCGAUGUUGUAUGCUAUUGGUUUUCAAAAGACGGAAAUAACCAGCUUAAAGCAUCCACAUUUGUUUCUUGUAUCAUACAUUAUUUAGAGGAGAACUGUGUUACCGAUUCCAAAACGCCAGUAGUUAUUUAUUCUGAUGGAUGCAGUUAUCAAAAUCGUAAUAAUAUCCUGUCAAACGCUUUACUAAACUUUGCUAUCAAACAUAAUGUGUUAGUAUUUCAAAAAUAUCUUGAACCGGAUCACUCGCCAAUGGAAUGUGAGUAG